GUCACGAACAAGGUCAGUGCGCAGGUACACAAGUGUGCCACCUUUGUGUGUCGCUUCAGUUGACGGCUAGUUUCGUUUUGACACUGGAUUACUGCUGCUGUGUUUACAAUCGUACUCUGUUGUGGAUGUUAUAUUUUAGUUGAUGAGUUAACUUCAGUGUUUUAUAGAAUUAUGCCGUGGGGUUUGUUGUGUUAGUAGUCUAUUUCAAGGAGGUAAAAAAGAGUACACCCACAGUUUUAUAUAAAUCGUGAAAUAUUUUAUAUGAAACAAUCACAAAUCCUAAAUACUAUUUGAUGAAAGCAAAUAUAUCACUGACUAUGGUUCGAGUACCUUGUGUUGGAUAAUUGAUCGGAGACUCGUUAUUCUGUUGGGAGGUUGAUGAACAAUGGCGCUAUAACAGCUACACAAAACUUGACUGAUGGUGUAUGACAGAUCAACAUUCAGCUGUAUGACAGACGAGUACUGAUCUGUAUGACAGACCAGCAAGUUUGUCGGAGCAUGGUGUUGGACUGACGCGAUGAUUCGAGGAAGGAAGGAAGGUGCCAACUACGCCACAUGGUUCAUUGGCUUCGAUCAUGACGACACAUUUGGCUUGACACCGUUUCCUGAACUUGUAGGCCCGCCAUCACGACCACAGGAGAGGCCGGUGUCCAGGACAGUCUCUCUAGAGAGUCUCUCACAGCCAGCAGGACAAGGUCAUCUGCUUCAACGGUCCUCUACCCCAGCUGGGACCCAGACUACAGACCUACCUGGCCAGUCUGCUACAGAAACACAGACUUUUUCACCUGGCCAGUCUGCCACAGAAACACAGACUUUCUCAUCUGAAACACCCGCACAUACAGACACACACACAUCCACAGACACGCCAGAUUUCCAUGUCGUCAAAAGGUCUAGGACUAAAGACACGGUAGGAUCAAGGCCAAGGUCAUGUGAUUUUGAUGCCCAGCGCAACAAGAGGAGGAAAGAUAAGGAAACACGGGUAAUUUACAAAGAGGCAUUUGAUGGAGCCAAGAGAGCCGAAGAGUUCAAGUUCAAGGUCAAGUUUGACCAGUUGCUAGUCGACCUGCACCAGGCUAUAGAAGAGAAAACUCCAGAUGGUCUGACCACAAGCUUUGCCUCCCCCAGCUAUGGAGAGGUGAUGCUGACAUUUAGAGAGAAGGUCAAGGAUAUUCUUCAUGGAUACACUCAGAGGCUAGCACUCGCAUAUGAGAGUUUUGUAUCAGACGAAGUAGAUGACAACACAGUUCAAAAGGUCAAACAGGAUGCGUCUAAGUUCAUUGAAGAUCUUAUUGGUGAAAGUUUAGAUCUGACAUCAGAUGAGGCUUUCUCUGACCUCUCCUCCUUGUCUGAUGAAUCCACACAAGACCAAAACUCAUUUGAAGAUCUCCUAGCACAGGCGGUUGUAUCCAAGUUAUUGGAAAACCACAGGAAAGAAGUAAGCAAAGUUUUAAACUCAUCCAAACAAGAUCAGCUCCUACACCAGAAGACAACAGAGCACAACUUUAAACAGCGGCUGAAACCAGAGAGUGAUGUAACACAGGAACCUACAGACAGACAAACUCACACCACACAUCUCCAAACAGUCACUGACAGUAAAGAAUAUUUCACCAAGAAAUCUGAGCUUAUCCCUGAUCAUUCUAGUGAUGAGGAUGUUAAAGACACAAAAAAUGUGAAAAAUAAUUCAGAGAAUAACAACGGGAUUAUUCACAAUGGAUUAAGUGAAGAUUAUGUGGAUAACGAUUACCCUGUAAUUAGUGAAAAUGAUGUUGAGAAAGACUUUGAAGAAUUAAAAGAAUUUGUGAAGAAAACUCAGAGUUCGCGGCCCAAACUUGAGGCCAGAGAGUUUGAUGACUCGCGGCUGUGUGAGGUGCUGGAGGAGCCGCUGUCAAAGUCUGUCAUUGACAGGGAUGAGGAGAGGGAGAACUUCCAUGCCAGGACUUCCCUCUUUGACAGGAUCCACAACUCUGGCGUCUCGCUGCCAGACUUCUCACAGUUUGACAACAUAGACUUUACAUCCAAUGAACUUGACCCUGACCUACUCUCCAUGAAUUUAGCAAUUAUUCCCGAGGAGACAGAGGAGGAGUUGGAGGAUGAGGAGAGGAAGUUGAGAGCCAACUGGAUAUUUAUGGACAAGAGUGGUCUCCCAUCACAAAAAGUUGUCCACAAAAAGUUGAGCUCAGACACAGAUGGCCCGCGCUACAUGAUGGUACCCCCACCUCUUGCUGGCUAUACACCAAAGAUAGGGAACAGAGACAUUGACCAGUUGAGUGAUUUCACUGACCACGAUCUGCUAAGUCCAACAGACGGGUCAGAUGAUGAAGAUGAAAACACUUUCUACGCCAACACCUCAAAGGAGUUGGCCAGAAUCUCAGCCCAGCGCAACCCCCCACCCCACAAAACCUCAGCCCAGCGCAACCCCCCAGCCCACAAGUACAGGAACUCCUCCUACCACAGUGAUGAUACAGACUACGAUGCCAGAUCUGCCAGGCGGAAACCACUGGGGUUAUAUGAUAGGAAUUCUUUAGACUACAAUGAGGACUAUGGAGAGGACAUGAGCCACAUAUCUGGCCCUAUAGUCGAGCCUACCAAGCAGGAAAUCAAAUUACUUGAAAACCUGGAUGCUGCCAAAGAUGACGACCCCAAGUUCUUAGUUCCACCAGAAAGUGUUGUGGUUCAGGAGGGAGAACCAGUGAAGUUUUCUUGUAGAGUUGGAGGGACUUCUCCUAUUGAUGUGUUCUGGUACAGAGAGGGGGAUGAAAUGGAGGAACUGGAAGAGUCUGAAGAUGUGGAGAUGUCCACCACAGGGGACAGACACAGCAUCACACUCUACAACAUCAGCAAGAGCAUGGCUGGGCAGUACAUGUGUAUGGCCAUCAAUGAAGUAGACAAGGCUAUUCAGUACCUUGUGGUCACAGUUAAAGACAACAAGCAGGAGCUGAAAAAACCAGAGUUUAUAAAAGGAUUAAAAGAUGUGGAGGUAACAGAAGGUCAAAGUGUUAAAUUUAGGGUCAAGGUCAAAGGUUAUCCACCACCCCGGAUCAGCUGGUAUAAAGAUAAUGCUCUCCUGAAAAACUCAAAAGCUUGCCGGAUAGAGAAAUUUGGCAACCGCGACUAUAUUUUAACAAUUGACUACGCCAGCAUGGAUGAUGAUGCGGAGUACACGGUGUCAGCACGUAAUGUGGCAGGGGAGGUCAAGAUGUCCGCUCAGGUCAUCGUGGAACCCCAGUCAGAUCAACCAAUCAGACGACAGCGCCACUCAUCAGUCACAACCUCUGGAGCGUCUGACUCCGAUUCUGACCGCACCUCACUUUAUAAACCUAACGGUACUCACUCACCCAGCGCACGUCUGUCUCCCCUGACAACCAGACCUGUGCCACAGAGAGACAACCACCUUAGAGACAACCACCUUAGAGACAACCACCUUAGAGACAACCACCUUAGAGACAACCACCUUAGAGACAACCACAUCAGAAACCUGGACAGAAAAGUCGCAGCCACGCAGCAAAAAGUUGAGCAGGAGAAGAUAAAAAUGGUGAAGGAUGAUCAAAGGACCGAGGCGCCAGAAAACAAGAGGCUGAUGUCAUCAGCAGCUCUAGAGAUUCUACAGACAGCAGAGGAGAUCAUACAGCAAGAACAGGAUGCGUCUGCUGUGGACAGGAAGUCUGGUGCUGACAUGGCGUCUGGCGCUGACAUCUCAUUAGGUGCAGAUCUGACAUCUGCUGUGGACACAGCUUCUGAUGUUGAUAUGACAUCUGGUGUUGAGGUGACAUCAGAUGCUGACACGACGUCUGCUAUGGACAACUUGUCCACCACCACCAGUGCCACCAAACACACGUCACCUUUGACCUUUGCGUCACCUUUGACCUUUGCAUCUAACCCAGAACUAGAACUAGCAGACUUGAGCCUGCCAGACCAACUGGAUGAGUUUAAUUUCUCCGGCCAAGAAACCUACAAGCCAGCGCCGGUCAAAUCAACGUUUGAACUCACUCUCCCAAACAGGGGCAGCCACUCUAAACCUGAUUCAAAGAAAACAGGGCCGUCACAGACAGCAAAAACUGAACCUGUCAGCCUAACCAAACUGUCCAACAGCCAUGAAAGUAAAAACAUUGCCGUCAACAGAAACAUAUCCCCUCUUGAUAUCAAUCAAAAUGACAAAUACAAAAAUAAUUCAUUGACUGAAGGGACGUCACUCCAAGCUACCUCUCCAACUCUUGCAGACAGUGAGCACUACCGUGGUUAUGAAGAUAGAGAUUUAUCUCUAGACCAACUACGGCCUGCUAGACCUACACCGGGGCAAUACGCCAGAGACUUUGAAGUUCCGGUUCCUGUUGAGAGAAAAAAAUGGUCGGUAACUUUAGAUCCAUUUUCCCCAUCAGCGGAUAUCGUCAACAAAAGUAACAUUGAGAUAGGCAACAAACAAGGUGCCCUAGGCCAGACCCCUGCCAUAGAAGUCAGGGACAUGGACCUGAGCCCCACAAACUCCUUGCGCUCGUCUAAAGACGACCAAUCCAUGAGCCCCACAAACUCCUUGCGUUCAUCUAAGGGCAGCCACUCCAGCCAGUCAUCACCCAGGCAGUCCAUAGACUCGGGCGUGUCCGUCAGCUCCAAGCUGGAGCGCCCGGCUCCUGUCCACAUGGUGGGCCACACCAGUGAAGACGAGGUGCCAGAGAGCCGUACAGAGUUCAACACUGACGGCUCCAUAGAGCUGCCCUCAGUCAACAAGCUGCGAGCCAUGUUCUCCAACAUCAAAGAUGACGACCUGGGUGACGGAUCCUUUAAAAGGAAAGACGCAGCAGGCAAUGUCCACAGUAUAACAGCUCGCAGUGUACCCAAAGAAAAACUGGAGAAACUCCGGGCAGCCAAUCAAAAAGUUCCCAACUCCGAAGGGUCACCCAACUUUCUGGACGUACCUGACUCUACACAGUCAUCAUCCAGCAUAUCAUCCAGCACGUCAUCCAGCACAUCAUCCAGCACUCUGCAGCUGACCCAGCCAGCAUCCGCUGUAUCCACCACCUCAGUGAGCUUGAAACCACUGGCGCCAGCACACCAUCCACCAGACACCACCAGCAACAACUACCUGGAUGUGAACCCUGACAAGGAACCCGUGCUCAUCUACCCCGACACAGACCCCAACUACAUGCAGCGCCAUCACCUGCAGGUCAAACCUGACACAUCCCUGCCGCAGGCAGCAUCAACCAAACCAACACCUGCGCAGGUGUCACCUGUGGCAACACCCAUACCGCCACCACGCCACCAUAAAGUGACACCCCACAAACUUGAGGAACCUGACACCAAAAAGUCUGGUCCAAGAAUCAAAAGUGGCUGCAUCUCCGCCAGAGCUGCCUUCUGGGAGAGGAAGAUGAUAGAUGGCGCUUCAGUGGAUGAUGAGGAGUUCCCAGAAAUGGUUGAAGACUAAAACAGCAAGUUUAUUUGCAGAAAACUUUUUUGUGAAUAGCUUCAACUAUACAGCAUCCAUUUCUUCAGAACCUUUCAUCAGUAAAAUGGAUUUUUAAUUUGUUCCACAUUUCAGUUUUAGUUUGGAGGAGAGCUAAUUUGUUCCGGAUUUUAGUUUUAGUUUGGAGGAUAGCUUUAAAACCAGGACCAGUCAGGCUAUUGAAGAUUUUAUCCAAACAUUUCAUUUAUUUUCACUCAUCUAGUUGUAUGCAUUUUAUUUAUUGGCAUCUAAGCAAAAAUAUUGUGUGCAACAUAUUUUACAAUUUUUUUUAAAUAUUGUAACUUUUUUUUUUUUUAAUUUUAUCUUUUCUUUGUUCAGGUGUAGUUUACUAAAAAAAUGUCUGUUGCUUUACAAAAAUAUUUUUAUAUCUUUUUACUUCAAUCUUUUUAACUAACUUGGUUGUGAUUUCUCUGAAACUGUUGCAUUUUGUUGGAGUUGACACCUCUGUUAUCCAAUCUUUGACAGUUAAUGAAACAAAACUGAUUAGUGAUAAAUUGGAACUUGAUGUGUCCAUAUAACAUUUUAAUAUACAUUUUAGUUUCACUGACACCAUGAUUAAAUCAAGUUUGUUUUGUUUUUUGGUAUAAAGUGUGUCAAUCCAAAAUGUAAUUUCUUUAAUUUCAGGUGUUGUCUUAGGUAUUAACAAAAAUAUUUAGAAAAUGUAAACUAUUUUAAUCAAUAAUUUUGUAAGUUUUUGUGCAUUAUAUUUUCAAGAUACAUUUCUUAAUUUUUGUGAAAACUGUCUUUUGUGUGAACUAUCUCUGCUACCGGUAAAUUAAAAAGUGCAAUAUUUGAGUUUUGUCAACAAAGAUAUAAAAAACAACAAAUGUAAUCAAUUUUACUGAGACUGGUUUAAACAUUUCUUAAUUAGCUUAUUAAGACAGGUACAAAAAUAAACCAAUUGUUUAUUAGCUCAUUCAGACAGGUACACAAAUAAACAUUUCUUAAUUAGCUCAUUUACACAGGUACAAAAAUAAAUAUUUCUUGAUUAGCCAAUGAUUCCAGAAUCACUUAUUUUGCUUAUUCAAUUUCUAAUUCAUUCUGUUCAAACUCAUUUUGUGUCAGCCAAGUAUAGUUGUAUUGAUGAAAUAGCUGUGCUUGUCAAUGUUUAAGACUAUAUAGGGCCCAUGUUGCCAUUGAUGUAAAAUGUGGUUUCUUUCUCUGGCCUUCGAAGAAAUCAACAAAUUUAGGUGGGAUUCAACAAUGAAUGGUGGACAAAUCUAAAAAUUGUGUUAAUGAUUUCUGUUGGUCUAGAGAACAGGUUAGAGUAAGGAUUAAGUUUAACUUGAGUUCACUGAUCUGAUAUAUGUAUAACAUGUACAACAUGUACUAACGUUGUAUACCAUGUACAACAUGUACUAACGUUGUAUACCAUGUACAUUUUAUUUGCUGGCAUGUUGUAACCUGUUGUUGUAUCCAAUGUUAUCAAGGGCCUUGUCCAGCAGUACAAAAUAAAUCUCUUCCACUCACCUCAGCCUCCAUUUUGGUGUGAGUUUGGUCACAAGUCAUCUUCCAUACUACCUGAUGUAAGAUACUGAGUUGAUAUUUAUUGUUAUUUAUUCCUGCAAAUAUCAUACCAGCAAAUCUGUAUACAAAUUGUUUCCCUUACAUUAUGUAUACAAAUUGUUUCCCUUACAUUUUCACAUUCAUUUCUCAGCAGAUUAGAUUAUAGCUCAUAUUUUAAUCAUUGUAGAACAUCUUUGAUUGCAAAAUAUUUCUUAUAUCACAAAAUAUCAGUAAAUAAACAUGCUGUAAAUUAUUUAUGUUGUACUUCAUCUGCAAUAUUGUCUUUUUAUAGGUUUUCAAUUUGUACAUACAAAACUAUAUUGUUUAUACUCAUAUUUUCAUGGCAUAUGCCCUAAAUUAAGUAAAAACAAAACAGCAACCUAUUAUAACAAUUAAUUUUUUUACAAGAACCAAUUUUUAUGCCCAUUAUUUUGUAUGAAUAAAAUGUUUUUAAAAAUACACUUGUACAUUUGAAACUGCAAUAAAAAUCUAUCUUUAGACGUGUAUCAGGGCAUUUAAUGGUUUGACUCUACUUGAAUGAACUCACUAUGCACUUGUAUAUAUUGAUAUAGGAUAUUUGUACCAUUCCCAUUGUAUGUCCAAGUGUACAGUUAUUGGAAUAAACAUCUUGAAUUGUGUUGAUGUUA